GCUUUGUAGUUACUGUUAUUUCAUUUGUGUGCUCAAGAUGCACUUUCAUGACGUUUUCAAUUUCUUUUAUUUUUUAAUUUGAACAGAAUGGUUCAAUUGAAAGGAGAGGAGGGGUUAAUACGCGCAAGACACGCAUGGAGUCUGAAAUUAACUAACGCGUUAUUCUCCCCCCUUGUGGAUCUCCUCCUCCCCUCCUCCUCCCUCCUCCCUCCUCGCAGCUCUUUUGCUCUUGGGUUUUCUGUCCUCUUUAUCCUCGCCUUUUUGUGCACGACUCUUUCGCUCCCUCUCACAGCAGACAAGGGAAACUCCAGUCGAGAGGACAAAAAGAGCGACAAAAACCCAACGAAGCGCGCGGUCAUUAGCAUCUCCGACGGGGAGUAGCAGAUCGCAAACUGACAAGAGAUCAUGUUUUCCUACUUUUCGUCUUCUUUGGACUGCGUCGCCCCAAUCAAUACAGGUGCAGCAUGUUUCGGAAAGAGCGUCCCUCUCUCGCCGCCGUCUUGCGACAAAACUACGCGCGGAAACGUAGACGGGAAGGCUGCCAAGCGGGGGAACGGGGAGAGCUAUACCGAGAGGGAGGAUAUUGUCGAGAGCGGUGAGUUUGAAGAAUAUGUCAUGGAGAUUGUAGGAGUUAUGCACGAGGCGGAGGAACGGACACUCCCGGACCCUUAUUACAUGCACUCUCAAACAGAGCUCACUUGGCAAAUGCGCGAAGCGCUCAUCAUAUGGCUCAUUCAAGUUCACUCCGAGUACGAUCUUCGCCCUGAAACUCUCUUUCUCAAUAUCAACAUCAUGGACCGAAUCUGCUCCACGCGGCUCGUCACAAAAGACCAGUAUCAACUUUUGGGUAUAGCUGCCCUCUGGGUGGCAGCCAAAUACGAAGAAAACCACGGUCGCGUACCAUCCCUGAAGAAUCUUUCUUUCAUCUGCAUGCAUCGGUAUCGCGAAAAGGACUUUGUUCGGACGGAACGACUCAUUCUGAAAACUCUUGAAUUCGACCUCAACUAUCCCACGUGCGAAUCCUUUCUUCGGAGUCACUGCAAGUUCUUGUGCCAUGUGGGACCGGAAACGCGCGCAGUGGCCAGAUAUCUGAUGGAGCUGGGUUUAGUGGCUCCCAAUGGAUUCUUUGUGGGCAAGAGAUCUAGCAUGAUUGCGACGGCGAGCUUGGUAUUGGCUGAAAUGAUUAUGGGUAAUGGUGGAAUGUAUCCCUUGGCGCCGAGGAGCCAAAAGGACAUUGAAGUUAUUGAUUGCAUCAACGUUUUGGCGCAAUGUGCUGGGAAACCUUGUGAUGUUAUCAGAUUCAAGUACGCGGAACAACGAUACUGCUGUGCCAGUGACAUUGUACAGUCUUGGAUCCUACGCACUCGCACUGCUUCAUUUCAGCCCACCAUUCACCCUCCUCCAGGCCUUCUAACACCUCCGAAAGAACCUGUGGCAUGCGAUUACCACUCUGCAUCGGCCACAGCAGCCGUUCGCGUCUGAUGGAUGCACACGAAUGAUUUAUGAACGAUAUUUUUCUUUAAUUUGAAAUGGAUGUAUAUAAUUGUGGAAAAAAGCGGAGGCAGACGAGCUCUUUGUACAGUGGAUACCCCAACGGAACAGCGGCGACUUCAGCCAAACGUCAAGCAUUUGAAGCGGUGAAAUUGGCGCAGACCCUAGAACUCGGAAUCGAGCCAUAACGAUUGAACUAGACCAUAUUACAAGAGAGUUGUAAACGGAAACGAUCAAGGAGGAUUAUACACGAUAUACAGAGCAAGGGAUAGUUACAAAAUAUUUAUUUGGAUCGAGGCGGAAUUAGAGACUGACCAAUAAUUGCCAACGACAAAGCGACUAUGGUGUGCAGGCGACGAGGAACGUUAUUAUAUUAUUUUUCUACUUUUUGUUUUUCAACUUUGUACUAUAGAAAAUGUGUUCAAAAAAGAAAAAAAGAUUGGAAAGGUGUGAGUAGGUGUAAACUACUUAAGGGA